CUGAAGCGGCUUCCGGAGGGCGCCGGAAGUGCCGGUAGCGGCGGGGUCGGGUUGUGGCGCCAUGGGCCGUAAGAAGCUGCACCGGCCGAUCGCCGCCAUGGCCCGGAAGGUGCGCGAGUACCGCGCCAUGAAGGAGCGGCCGCGGGACUCGCAGCGCUUCGCUCUGGACUACGAGACCAUGAGGCGGCCGCUGACGCAGAAGCGGCUCCCGGUGUUGGCCUGGCGCGAUGUGCGGCACGAGCAGCGUUUAUUCUCGUUGCUGUGCCGGCUGCCGCUGUUCGGGUUGGGCCGCAUGGUCACCCGUAAGUCGUGGCUGUGGGCGCACGACGAGCCCAGCUACUGGGUCAUCACCAAGGUCCGCGCCGACUACACGGCUCAGGGGAUGGAUCACGGCAGGGCCUGGGGGCGGCUCACGUUCAGAGGUAAAACUGAAGAAGAAGACAGAGAGAUUGACAAGGUCAUGUAUCACGACUGGCGGAUGGUGCCCAAGCACGAGGAGGAGGCCUUCAAGAAGUUCACCCCGGUGCCAGAGGAGACGUGUUGGUUCCUUCCAUACCCACCUCUGCUCCGAGCCAUGAUCAUUGCUCAGUGGCAGAAAGAGGGGAAAGAAAUCACAGAGGAGCCAAUGCUUGAUGUGCAGAGGCCUUCCCGUGUUAAUGCUGCAAAGAAAGACGCCACAGGGACAGUGUUGUGAGGUCCAUUAAGGUCCUGCUCUGUGUCCCGAGCUUCCCACGUGCUCUCGUUUCACAGUGGCAGUACAUGACGUUACUGCAGACCCCCUUGGUACCUACAGUGGUACAGUGCAUCCAACUGACCUCGUUUCCUCCCCUGGACUGUACUGUAAUCUCAUCUGAAAGGGAAGGUGCAGAUGCAUUUGGAUUUUCAUUUUUUUCCCCUCUUUGGUCUCAGUCAGAUCCACUGUAUGUUCUCUGAACUCAGAGCUCCUUCACACAGCUCCGCUGCUUGGGAGCAGUUUCAUUUGCAGCUUGAAAAAUCGAAGGUUUCUCAUGUAGUUAAAGUCAGUCCUAAAUCAUGGAGGAACAACUGAGUUAAACGUGACGUUAUUUUACAGACCCAAAAUAAAUGAUUUCAUGUUUCCACAGCAUAA